GUGGAAAUGUGGACCUUGUAAUUUUGUAGUUAACGAACUAUUACGAUUGUAUACACCGUAGUUCUAUACUUGGUCGGUUAAAUAACAACUUUGAAUUUACUUUUAUUAAUAUUUAAUUGUUUGUUGUCUGUUGAACUUGUUGAACGGUUCAAUGAUUUGUCGAUGUGUAUUUUUCUAAACAAGUGAAAUAGGUGAAUACCUAUUAGUGAGUACUAUAUAACCAUAUGAGUAUAAUGACAGUGUUCAUUUAUUGAAUAAGCCAAUACGUAUUUUAAGCCAUUGCGUAUUAUUAAAUUUUGAAAAUCAAAAAAUGGCCAUAAAUAAGAAAUGUAUUAUUAAAUUGUUUGAGAAGGCUGGCGAUGUUGGUCCACAGCCAAAUUUGCUGAAAAUGCUUAGAGACAAAUUCAUUGACAUGAGAUGGAAGGAUUUUGUUAAGUUGUUCAUGGACGCAACUAUGUCUGUUAUAAUUUCACAAACUACCAUUCAUUGUGCUACUGUCAACAACAUGAUCAAGUUUGCUGCUAAUGGUGUAUCUGUAUUGUCUGAAUAUUCUACCAGGGAUGGCCGUAGUGGUUUGUAUUUGAUAUCUGAGAUUUUCCAAUUAUGUCGUAAGUAUGGAAUCGCUAACGAUAAAGUUAUCAGAUGGAGGUUUUGCCUAUUUCUUAACCAUUUGUUGAAUCACAUGACUGCAGGAACAGUAUUGUCUGUAGAACUAUGUGAUGUUGCAACAUUGUUGUUAUUGGAACGCUUGCAAGACAGAAAACCAGAAGUUCGAACACAAGCAGCAUAUGCUUUACAUCUGUUGCAAAAAUCAGAUGAUUCUAAAUGUCCAAUUGUUAAAAAAUUCAUGUUCCAUAUGACUUGUGAUUCUAGUGUUGAAGUUAGAACAGCUAUUGUUAAAGGAAUAGCAAUGUAUAGCAAUGUUGUCGAAGAAAUGUUGAGUAACACAUUAUUUGAUGUUAAUGAUAAUGUCAGAAAAGUAGCGUACAAUCGUUUUUUAGAAUAUCCAUUUUUGAGGUUAUCAUCCAAGCAAAGACAAAUUAUAUUGGAAAAUGGUUUUGAAGAAAAAAAUGAAUCAAUUAAAUCAUUAGUGAAAAAUGAAUUUUUAAGUAAAUGGCUAGAUGAGUGUGAUAAUGAUUUUAUAGUGUUUUUGAGCAAUUUAGGAGUAGAAAAUGAAGGUGUAUGUCAAAAAGCUUUGAAUAUAAUAUUUGAAAGUUAUUAUGAUAGUCAAGUUUUGGAUUUAAUAAACAAAUAUUUAAAUUCAGAUACCAGAAUGAUUGCAUUUGAUAAAUUAACAGUAGAAAAAAUUUUUCUUUGGAAAUGUAUAGCCAAAUACUUAACUACUGAGAAGAAAAUUGAAAUAGCUCGCAAUCAAGGACAUGUUGAUGACUGUUUCAUUGAUGUUUUACUACCAGAUUUAGUAAAAUUUUCUGAUUAUAUACGUGAUUAUUAUUUUAAUUCUACAAAUAGUCAAGAAUUUAUACUGAUACAAUUGUUGGAUAUGAGUACUACAUUUGUUAUAGACGAUGUCGGUGCAGUAAAUCUAAAUAAACUUUGUUUAGAUUUAAUAUUAGAUGAUCAAAUCUCUGUAAAACCAAUAAGAUCUGUGGCAGAAUUAUUCGAUUUAACUUUUAAAAAUGGUCAAGAUCUUUUAAAUUAUGUUAAAGAAAUCUUAAAUAAGAUUCAAACAAAAAUAAUUGAUGUAUACCCACUAAUUGAUCAGGUAGGCAAAAAAGAAUUUUUUGAACAUGAAUUAAAAUCAAAAAGUAAAAAACUUGAUGAAUUAGUAGCCAAUGACCCCACUGAUACGGAACAAGUAGAUAUGUUAGUAUUUAAAACUAAAAAAAUGAUAAAACAGUUUAAAGAAAUAAAAGUAUCGUCAGAAGAAGAUGUAUUAGUUGAUACAGCCGUGAAAAAUAUACUUAAGGUUUGUGAAUUGAUUUUUCAAGUACAACAAUUACCUAAAGUUGGUACUGAACUUUCCCUAUUAACAGAUAUUACUCAGAAUAUUGUUGUCGAAUUCUUGGAUUGUUCUAUGGUAAAAGUACGAAUGGCUGCAAUUCGUUCUCUUUCACCAUAUUUGUUGUUAAAUAAUGUUGAUGCAGCCAAAGAACACAUGAAUACUUUAUGCGCUGAAAUAGCAAAACCCAUGACUGAUAGGCACUUGUUAUUCAAAAUAAUGUUUGAAUUGUUCAUGCGUUAUGAUCUCAAAACAUUUGAUAUGAGUGAUGACUUGGAUACUGAUGAAGAAUAUGAAGAAGACUUUAGCGUUGACAAUAUUUUACCGUUACUGGUAAACUGUAUUGAUUAUGACCUAGAUGAUAGUAGCUUUAAGUCAGUUGUUGUACAAGGUUUUUGUGACUUAUUGAUAUUUAAAAAAGUCAAGUCUGUCGGUUUACUGUCUAAACUUUUAAUAUUAUGGUUUAAACGUUUGAAACGUGAAGCAUUCAAUAUAUACAAUUAUUUGGUGAGAUUCUUUACAUCAUAUGCGUUUUACAUUGAUUCAAGUAGUAUAGCAUUUGCCAUGUGCUAUGUACCAGUGUUAAAAGAGAUUGAUGAAUGCAAUUUAGCUGAAAAGUUGGAUAUCAAAAUAGAAGAAGUGAACGCCACUUUAAUUAAUUUAACGCGUGGCCUCAUGUACAAUAAUCCGAAAAAGGCUAUUAACGCUCAUGGUGAACUGGCAUGUUACAUACUUGAUUAUUUAUUAGAUGAAAAUCAGCCCUAUACAGCUAUGUUAGUGGAUACUUUGUAUAAGUUAGAAAUUGAUUUUGACAACAAUAAUAAAUUAUUAAAUUCAAUUGGUCCAAAAUUGACGCGUGUGAUCAAAUAUUUAAAAACUUUGGAUGAUAAAAAUAGUUCAAAAUAUUUGAAAAAGAUUAAGAAUAAAUUUGAUCCAGUCUUAAAGAAAAAACCAACUUGUAAAAAAAAGAGCAGUGAAAAAGAAGUUGAUGCUACGGAAACUGAUAAAGAGGAGACUCAAGUACCAUUGACUGCCAACUUAGAACUGGACUCGAAUGAAGCUCAUGAUGAUUUGUUUGCACAAGAGAAUGUUGUUAUGAUUGAAAGUAGUGAUGAUGAUGAUGAUGAUGACAGUGUAGAUGGGUUUACGACUACAAAACUGGACGCAAUGAAACGUCUGUCAGAAGUUUUCAAAAGAAGUUUCAACACAAAUACAAAUGAAUUAUCUUCAGAUAGUGGUUGAUUUAAUAAAUUUAUUAUUUUAUUUUUAAAUAUUAAUUGUAUAACAUGAUCAAAAUAUAUUUUGUACUGUUUAUUAAAUAAAGACAAUACUGUAAAUUUA